AUGAUUGAAGAUAUGCUGCAAAGUAGAAUCCGUAGUCGCCAUACUCAAUCUCUCCAUACUAAAUAACAACAACUUUCUCGUUAAUAAGGAAGUUGGAAUACUUUGAAAAUGCUUUCUGAAAGCCUACAACAGUAGUAAUAAAGCCAGAAAUUAAAUCAAUUGAAUUUACAAAGAACUGAGUCUCGUUUUCAAAUCAUUUAGCCAAAACAUAUUCAAUAUAUUGGGUUAAUCUCUAAUUCAAUUAAAACCCUGAAUACAAGUGCUUCACCAGGAAAGUAUAGUGAAUCGCCAUUAAAGGGAAGGAUUAAAUAGAGUCGAAUUUUGAAGACUCCACUUCACCAUUCUCGUAUAAGCCCUGAAAAUAGAUUAAUUUUUAAAUAAAGGCUCAAUAAAAUCGAUGAAUCCAUCCAAUACAUACAGGAUAGGCAUAACCAAUUGAACGGAAUUAAUUCCAACAGUUAUAAAAAGAUGUGUGAAAUGAUCAAUAAAACAGAAUACAUGAGUGUUGAUCAGAGUUAAAACGUCUAGAUUCCAUUAAUAAAAUUGAUAAAGCCAGAGCCAACAGAAAACAAUGAAAAUAGUGCAAAUCUAGUAUAAAAGCUGGCUACUUCAAGUAUGUAAUGGAGUGAUUCUAAGAAAAAGCAAAGGUCUAAACUCGAAUAGAGUGUGUAUUAUAAGACAAACAAAUGGCAAAAAGCAAAAUUCUUAAUUUUACAAAACUUUUCAUCCCGCCGCAAUAGUACCUUAUAUUCUAAAAAAUACAUGAUAACUUAAUUAAAAAUUCCAUAUUUGAGACACAAUUCUAAAUAAAUGUUCAUGGCUUUAAAAUAGAAGAACUAUCAUUAAUUGCUUAAAUAUCUAUCAUUAAAUAAAUCGUUUAUUCAUGAAGUUGAUAAUUCUCUCAUGACUCCUUUGCAUAUAUCUUGUUAAUAAGGUCUAUACGAUAUCACAAAAAUGCUUUUACGGUUCAAGGCUGAUGUGAAUUCUUUGGACAAAAAUAAGAAAUCUCCACUUUACUAUGCAUUAUGUAACGGUCAUACAGAAGUAGUGAAAAUGCUCCUCAUACAUGAUGCAUUUCCUUAUUCUGAUACUAAUUGCAAUUACUCUUAAUUCUUUCCCAAUAAAGUGAUGAAAGAAUUGUUCAGAGUGGCCAAAAGAAUCUUAACUUUGAUGCUGAUUUGCCCGAAGAACAAGAGGAAUAAAAUGAAAGAAUUUUUGGAAAUUAAUUUUUUGAAUGAAUAUACUCUCCCCAAAAACUUGCUUGCUUGA